GUCAAAAUUCAAAACCGCGCCAACUUUCUACCGGACUCCGCAUUUUGGGCGAAGCUUUGAUCGUACAAAUCAAUCUAUGGUUUUACUUCGCCUACAAAAAUGAUUUCCACACCAGGAAGAAUGUAUUCAAAGACCCCCAAACGGACGCCAAUGAGAAGAGAAAGGCAGCCGCCGAAAGACGUUGACCCUGUUGAGGUUUACUGUCGAGUGCGGCCUCUUGAUCCUGAUGAUGAUGAAACCACUGUAGAGAUUUUGAGUGAAGAUACUAUUCAGCUCAACCCACCAAAGACAUCAAGAGCCAUUUCAAAAAUAGAAAAGAUGGAAUGUACAUUCAAAAAAGUGUUCACAGAAAAUGACACUCAGAAGGGUAUCUUUGUCCAAGUUGGCCUGCCUCUGAUUGAAGAUCUAGUAAACGGAAAAAGUGGCCUUGUGUUUAUGUAUGGAAUAACAGGGUCAGGAAAAACAUAUACGAUGAACGGCUCUCCGUCAAAUCCAGGCCUUUUGCCAAGAUGCCUUGAUGUUCUUUUCAACAGCAUCUCUGAAGUGCAGACUGAGAGAGGAGUUUUCAGAACUGACACUCAUAAUGGUUAUGAACUUUUAUCUGACUCCGAAUCUAAACAGGAAAGAGAUAAAAGAGAAAAAGAACUAAAAUCAAGACACUACAAAGAAUUGAGGAGAGGAAAUGAGAUGUCAGAUGUAAUUCGUGUCCCUGACUCAACAACCUUGCCAAUUGAUGAUGACAGAAACUACGCUGUUUUUAUUUCUUAUGUCGAAAUUUACAACAACUUCAUAUAUGAUUUGUUGGAUGAAAACCAAGACGCCAUUACGAAGGCUCCCGUUUCAAGAAGCCUCCGCGAGGACGCUGACAGAAACACUUAUGUUGUUGGUGCGACUGAAGUAGAAGUUAAAACAACAGAUGAGGCCUACGAUGUCUUUUGGAAUGGCCAGAAGCGAAGGCGUGUCGCCCACACAUUGCUGAACGCCGAAUCAAGCAGAAGUCACAGUGUGUUUACAAUCAGACUGGUCCAGGCACCGCUUGAUUCCAGCGGACAACAAGUCCUCCAGGAUAAAAGAUUCGUACUCGUUAGCCAGUUGUCUUUGUGCGAUCUUGCUGGGUCAGAGAGGACAAAACGAACUGAGAAUGAUGGCGACAGGCUCAAAGAAGCUGGAAAUAUAAACAAUUCAUUGAUGACGCUUCGCAACUGCAUCGAAUCUUUGCGUGAAAAUCAGAAAGCCAUGGAAAGCGGAAACAGGCUUCAAAUUGUUCCAUAUCGCGAGUCAAAACUCACCCACUUGUUCAAGAGGCACUUUGAAGGGGAAGGAAAGGUGCGGAUGAUUGUCUGUUUAAACCCGAAACCAGAAGAGUUUGACGAAAGUUUGCAUGUCAUGCGAUUCUCAGAGGUCACACAAGAGGUUAAAGUAGCAAGAUCUGAAGGAGCCAAAUUUGAUAUUGGACUAACCCCCGGCCGAGGAAAAGCGCAUCGCUUAUACAAAGGCGUGAGAGACGAAUUGGAACAAGUCAAAUCGGAAUUCGCUGAAGUAGAAGUCAUUCCUCUGAGGCCACUGCAAAGAUUCGAGUCAUUCCCAUCCUUACAGAUGACGUCAGCUGAGGACAGCAGAACUCUCUUCAAUUUGAUUAGUUAUUUGCAACAGCGAAUCACAUUGCGAAACACUUUGCUUACAGAGCAAAGCAGAAAAGAGGAAAAUCUUCGCUCACAGCUUCUUAGCCUACAGCAAGAAAAUGAAGACUUAUGUCGGGCCUUGGCUGAUCAGAAGUCAGCUUAUUCAGAUAAGGACAGGGAAAUUCUAAAUCUUGAAAAAAGAAUAAAAAAUCUUAACUCAAAGAUGAUGACAGUACAAAGCACCGUGUCUCGUCUUGAAAAAGACAAAAGAGAAGUUGAAACCGAGGCUGAAAGAUACAAGAAGGCAUAUGAACGCGAGAGACACGAAAAACACAAAGUAGAAAAGAUGCUGAAACAUCUGACGUCAUCAGAAAGAUCAAAGUGGGAAAUGGAAUGUAAUAAAAGAGUAAAGAAUAAAGAGCUGGAGAUGCAAGAAAGAUAUUUAAAAAAGACGGAAAGAUUGGCGCAAGUUAAGGAUAUCAUACAGAACUUUGAUAGUCCUGUGAGAACAGUUCAUAUGGACAUACCAAUUGAAGGAGAGGAAGCCCCUCCGUAUAUUCCACCAGAGCCUAAACCAGCCCCUGUGAGGCAGCAUCAUCGACAAGUCAAAGAGAAAGUGCCACCUCCAGUUGCUAAGAAACCAGCAAGAACCAAGCCGAAAACCCCAAGCACAGAAAGGAUUCAUAGGUCAAGGUCACCGCCUGCGACAACCAGAAAGCCUGACAGACGAGAAGCUCCAAUGCGAGCACGACACAGAAGGUCAAGAUCAUCAGACUGCAUUCUGGUUCAUAAGCCAACAGAUACCCUUGAAACAGAUACAAUAAUGCAGCCGAUGAUUAGAAACAAGAAGACUGUGGCUAUUCCAAAAAUCAGUGACCUCAAGAACGAGCUUCAUUACUUGCUUGAACACCAAGAAGAAGACUCAGCGGGUGAAAUUGAAACAAAACUGUUCAAGGGUGCCGUCAUGAAAACCCGUACAGGGGGGCACAGUGUGCAAUUUACGGACAUUGAGAGUUUGAAGCAUCGAUCUGAAGGGGGAGUGACUACAACUGCUCCGUCUGGCAAUGACACUGAUGGAUCUCCACACAGACGGGGGAAAAAGAGGCCAUCGUCUGCUUCCGAGGCUGUGUCAGACGACAGUCUCACAAGCAUUGAAGGAAGGUGUGCUGUUGGAAUUGGUGGCGGGCCCUACGGAGAACCAGCCCAAGAAUCAAAGCGAAAGAAGCAUUAAAAGAAACAGCAUGGUUAAAGACAACCUCCAAACCACGCCGAGACUGAUGCAAUAUUGUGGUUUUCUCGAUAAGAAAAUGAACUGCGUCUGUCUUCUGCGUUAUUUGUGAAUUUAUUUAUAUUCGAUUUGUAAAAGAGUUGUUGCAGUUUGUGGUAGAGGGGAGAGGCUAAAAAGCCAAAUUAUCUUACGUCCCGUUUAGUAGAUCAGGUGAAAUUUCUUAACACGAAAUUUAGAAUUAUUCGCUGCAUAUAAUUCAUAGCCGAAUCCACACUGACUUAAAUAUUCACUUAAGUUGCCUUUAAAAACUGCAACAAUUGAAGUCCAACUGUGUUUUGUUCUUUUCAUAAAAGACUUUCUACUUGUAUUCAAGUCUCAAGACUUAGGGGAAAGAAAAUUGAUUUGCUCGAUAUAUUUACAAUACAGUAAAACACAAAUGCAGUUAUUUAUUUAGGCCGAACUCACAAACAAUCCAUCAUUAUGAAAUUAAAGCUGUUAUAAAUUAUUUGCAGCACAAAUUAAUACAUUUUGACAUUUUUAAUCAUGGAAAUGCGAAAGACUUUAUUUACUUGCUAUAUUUUGUAAAUAACUAUUAUCCUUUGUUAAUUUUUCAGAAACUUUGAUUUUUAUUUCAACUUGUAAGAGUUUGAUGUAGUUUAUUUGAUUAUAAAAUAUUGAUACUUAAA